AUGAGCCUAGUACACUCAGAAAGCCCGGCGUCCUAUCGCAGACGAAGUGCGACGCCCAUGACACCGGAAAUGUCCAAAAUCCUACCCUACGUCACAGACAAGACAAUAUCCCGCCAUCUUGGUUCCUAUGGACGCUCAGUAGAUCUAGGUCAUGCAAAGAAUUACUACAACCCCGCAACCCGGACAGUAUACUCUCGCUACCAACCCAAUGACUGGUCGCUCUCAAACAGCAAUAAUUUCACCCUGUCGGAAAAAGAGCGGAGCUUCGCUGAACGGCUACGUGCUGAUGCCUGGAGAGCAGUCAAGGAAACCGACGUUCGAACUCGUAAUAGACAAACUGACGUCACCAAGCGCCUGGGUGAGAGAGUCCAAGACAUUGCCUUCUGGAAGUCCCAGCUCAACAAUGAAAUCAGUGCUAUGGACAUAGAAAUGGAAAAUUUGAGGGAAUAUAAACGCAUUUGUGAAAAGGCUCUAGGAGACACGGCAAACCCAUUGCACAUCUCCGAGGAGUGUCUGCUCAACAGGGAACAGAGGCAAGGCAUAGACCUGGUCAAUGAUGACGUGGAGAGAUCUCUUAUAAAGGAGAUUCAGGCGAUCAAAAAAUGUCAGUCCAAGCUAAAGAAAGUUUUGGAAGAUGCUCAUAUUCAGCUGAAGAUGAACCGAGCAGCCCAGCACGCCCUGGAGAUUGACGCCAAAGACAAAGAUCACGCACAAGUCCUGGAUGAUCGCAUGCAACAACUGAGGAACACUUCAGCGGGAGUCGGAUACGUGCCCGGCAUUGAGAAUAUUGACAAUACGAUCACAAUCCCGGAGUCUUGGGCCAGGUAUACGCAGGAGAAUAUCGCCAGAUCACAGAAAGAACGAGCCAACAGCGAAAGGAUUCGUGGCGAGAUCGACUGCGCCCUGAGACAAUGCGCCAAUGAAAUGUGGAAUAACUUCAAUGCGGUAAACAAUGCCUUCAACUUACGGAUUCGGGAAACAACAGAUGCUAGAAACAAGUUGCAAGCUCAUCUGCAAAAGGUGAACAUCAUCUUUUCAUUCAGUGGUUCCCAGUCUUGUUUGUGCUAUCCCCACCUAGGUCUUUCUAAAAUUCGUAUUCGCUCUGUUGCUCAGACCAGACUGGAUGAAAGAACCAGAAGGAUUAACGUGGAGCUCUGCAACGAUCCCGUCAUGAAGACAUUACAACGAGAGAUCUCAGAAAUCCGUGAGUCCGUGCGAAUUCUCAAAGAACGUCUGAAGUCUUCAGAACUUUCUCUUGCCCGUUUGGUCAAGGCGAAGUCUACCCUGGAGCAUGACAUUUCAGUCAAAGAGAACUCGCUGAAGAUCGACGCCUCCUACUGCAUGGGCAUGCGAAAGGGAUUCCCCAUGGAUCCUAAAGUUGGAGCCAUAUUUCAAAUGCCGAUUUGUUAA